AUGACGCUGAAGGCGAGCGAAGGCGAGGGCGGAGGUGGCAUGCGCACGGCGCUCUCGGACCUCUACCUGGAGCAUUUGCUGCAGAAGCGCAGCCGGCCAGAGGCUGUGGCCCCACAUUUGGAUGCUGGGACUGAGGACAUGUACACCAACGGAUCUGCUGCUCCAGGGAGCCCAGCCAAAGGGCAGGAGGUGCGGAGAGUCCGCCUCAUACAGUUUGAGAAGGUCACAGAGGAGCCUAUGAAAGAAAUCAAAGGAAUGAUUUCAUUAAAAGUAAUUCCGAACCAGCAAAACCGGCUUCCUGCACUACAGAUGUUUAUGAGAGCACAGUUUGACUAUGAUCCUAAAAAGGACAACCUGAUCCCUUGCAAAGAGGCAGGGCUGAAGUUUGUUACUGGGGACAUCAUUCAGAUCAUCAACAAGGAUGAUAGUAACUGGUGGCAAGAUUUCUUGGACUCAGAGGCCAUCCGCAGCCAGUAUGCUCACUACUUUGAUCUCUCACUGGUCAACAAUGGCGUUGAUGAAACUCUCCAGAAAUUGCAAGAAGCCUUUAACCUGGCAUGCAGCUCCCCACAGUGGGUACCUGUCUCCUGGGUGUACUAA